CAUGAUCCUUCCCCUCCUGGACUCUCUUUUUGCAUUCCUUGGUAGCACACGGCCCAUGCCUCUUGAUUCCAGUGUCAUGAGAUGUGACCCAAUUUCAAGAUUCUUCAUCAAUCAAUACAUACAUACAUGCCAACCAUUCCUCUCUUCUUUAAUUUCUCCCCAGCUAAGCCCUCCAAACCUCUAUAAAUAGCCCCCAUCCCACAACCCUUCCUUCACACCCCCACCUUUUCUCUCUUCUUUUCUCUCUCGAUACUAGUUAGCAUCAAUUCCGCUCGAUCCCCAUGGCCACUGUUGAGGUCCAAACAGCAACUACUGCAUUGCCUGAUGAGAACGUAGAGAAGCAACCAACCGAGACCAAGGAAGCACCCAAGGAGGAAGUUGUCACACCCCCGGCAGCAGUCGAGGAGCCGGAGGAGGAGGCAGCGACCGAUGCUGCAACCGAAGAAGUUCAGGCUCCUGUGGAGGAGAAGGCUGAUCAGGAGGUGGUCGCGGAGGCCGAGCCAGUGGUGGAGGAAGCAGCAGAAGAGAAGACUGAAGAACCUGCCCAAGAGGUGACAGCUGAGGUUCCCACGGAGGAGCCCGUGGAGACCAAGGCCGCCGAGGAGGCACCUGUGGCUCCUGCCGAGGAGGAGAAGAAGGAAGAAUUGGAGGAGAAGCCAGUUGUGGAGGAAGAGAACAAGGAAGCUGCAGGCGAUGAGAAGAGUGAGGAGUAGAUGUUCUACCGACUGCUAUGUAUCCGUGUUGAUGAAUGGCUAUAAAUUUGGAAGUUACUGUUCUUUAGAAUCUGUUUAGCUAGAUGUAAGGGGCGGGCUUGUGGUGUGAGGAGUAUGAAUAAUGAAGAUAGGGCCAUGGAGGCCCAAUUUAAAACUU